GAGGAUACGGAAUCCCUCCUUAAGCUUCGCCGGCCGCACCGAGAGCGAGCGGUUCCACGCUCGCCCUACUGCCCCGUGCCAGCCCCGCAACGGCUCUUCGCUCGCCGCCUUCCGUCUCCCACGCUUACCUCCCCCACUGCCCCUUCGUCCCCUCCCUCCUCUCUCUCCCUUUCUCAAAGUACCCUCUCUUCCCGAGCCUGAUUUCGUCCAAGGCAACGACGCCUGGAGAGGGGAUAUAGCCCCCCUUUCCACUUAGGGUUUACGUUGCCCUUAUACCCUCCUCGAUUCCCACCGCCUCAGAAUCUUCCUUCUCUCUCGUUCCCCUCUCAGAGACGCAGGAUUACCCGAGCUUUUCUCCGCUACCGCUUCUUUCUCCAAUUCCGAUUCCUGGGAGGAUCUUUACGGUGUAGUUCGUGCUUUGCCUUUCUUCGUUUUGUAAGUGAUACUGAAAUCAUAAGGUCCCUUUGUCCGAUUCGAAUCAAUGAGGUUUUAAUCGCUGGAAAGAUAAAAGGUUUUUUAGUCCCAGGGUUCUGGUUUUGUUUAAGGUCUCUUCCUUUUUGCGAAAAGAUCUUUUGUUGACGCUCUUUAUACUUCAGUUACAGUUUGGAAUUUGGACGAUCCGUGGAGAUUUCACCGUGGUCCGAGUAGGGAUCAUGACGAAAAUCCCAUGUCUGAUUUAGCUUCUGAAGACGUUCGAUUCGGAGACGCUCAAAACAGAAUCUUUUCUAGUUCUACUAGAUCAUUUGCCGAUAAGAUUUGACCUUUGUGAACGGAUUUUCUUUAUCUUCUUUUAUUUAUCAAGUGUACUAGCCUGGCAUUGUAGGCCAGUAUAAAGCUACUUAGAUGGUAUGCAUCACCAGCUUAAGGAAUUUCGUCGUUCGGGCAACAAAUCUGAGGGGUUUCUCUACCAGUAGGCAGGGGCAUCUGAAGGUUUGGGGGAGCAAUCUGGAUGCGAAACUAGAGGUGAAUUAUCCUAAAAGACACCGCAUGUUCAGGGCAAUCACAAAGAUGGUGGUGGAUUCGAGUGCGACGCCAGAACCACCUCGUGCCAUUAUCAAUGUGCUGCCCAAAAAGGAUCGCGAGGAUGAUGGCAGUUAUUUCAGCGGUGGAUGGAAAAGUGCGGAUGGAAAAUUGAGUUAUGGAUAUUCAAGCUUUAGAGGGAGGAGAGCAACCAUGGAGGACUUCUAUGAUGUAAAAAUAUCCAAGAUCGAUGGACAAACAGUUAGUCUUUUCGGGAUAUUUGAUGGUCAUGGCGGUUCACGUGCUGCUGAAUAUUUAAAGGAGCACUUAUUUGAAAAUCUGAUGAUGCAUCCACAGUUCAUGACAGACACAAAAUUGGCUAUUAGUGAAACAUAUCAACAAACUGAUUCAGACUUUCUGGAUGCUGAAAGGCAUACCUAUAGAGAUGAUGGUUCUACAGCUUCAACAGCAGUUUUGGUUGGCAACCACUUAUAUGUAGCAAAUGUUGGAGAUUCACGUGCUGUAAUAUCAAAGGCAGGCAAAGCAAUCCCUCUUUCUGAUGAUCACAAGCCAAACAGAAGUGAUGAGCGCAAGAGAAUUGAGGAUGCUGGAGGAGUUGUUUUGUGGGCUGGUACUUGGAGGGUUGGAGGCAUCUUGGCAAUGUCGCGUGCAUUUGGCAACCGCCUAUUGAAACAAUUUGUAGUGGCAGAGCCUGAGAUUCAGGAGCAAGAGGUCCAUGAAGAGUUGGAAUUGCUGGUUCUUGCAAGUGAUGGAUUGUGGGAUGUAGUGCCAAAUGAGUUCAAAUUUACCACUGAAGGUGUAUCUUGCACUCUGGUGUUUCCAAAUCUGCUACACUAUCACAUUUCGCAUUACUAUCUUUUCAAGAGCAAAUUCUCUCUCGGUAUAAUAUAAUCCAGGAUGCUGUUUCCCUUGCAAGAAUGGAAGAAGAACCAGAGGCAGCUGCUCGAAAGUUGACAGAGGCAGCCUUCUCUCGUGGCAGUGCAGACAACAUCACAUGUAUUGUGGUGAGAUUUCACCAUGACAAAAGCGAUGCAGAUUCUUCUCUCACCGCUGGUGACAAAAAUUAACUAACUUCAAUGUUUCGAUCACUUUUUGGACCUAUAGGCAGAUGGCUGCAGUCUUUUUCCUUGGCAGAUGCAGGUUAUAUGUCCGCUGUUAUUUUUGUAGGUUAGAUAAUAAAUUUCUGUGUGGAAACCUGUCAAUAAAAUUCCCUCGUCAGCCCAAUAACUGACUGUGCUUUCCUCGAUUUAAUUUAAAAUUCACAGCAGCUCGUAACUUUGGUAGUGUUGCAAUACAAAGACUUACGUGCUUGUAUCGGACUCUGAUGACGACAUGAUGUGUUGAGCUAACAGAUAUCCUCCUUGGACUACAA